UCGUGCAAGCGUUCUCUUUUGAGUCUCGAUUCUUUUAUCAGAUUCCAAUCUCUUGUCCCUCUCCCUCUCUUUCCCUCUCCCUCGUAAUCGAAAGAAUUAUUCAACUUGAGUUUGAUCAUGAUUAAAUUCCUUUGCACUUCCGUGGCCGUUAUUAUCGGCUGCAAUUCAAUUUGAUCCAGUUAACGUAAAUUCAAAUUAGUGAUUGCAUGAUCAAGGUAAUUAACUGGUGGGUGGUAUGGCUAAAAUUAGAGACAGAACAGAGGAUUUUAAAGAUGCAGUAAGGCACACUGCUGUUUCCUUAGGUUACAAUGAGUCCAAAUUGGCAGCCAUUAUGGCGUCCUUUAUCGUUCAUAAACCACGGCAAAGGUCACCGUUUACUAAAGCUGCUCUUAAAACGCUUGAAAGCAUUGGAGCUUUAGAACAAUUUAUGCUGAAGCAUAGGAAGGAUUAUGUUGAUCUGCAUCGUACCACCGAACAGGAGAGGGAUAGCAUUGAACAAGAGGUUACUGCAUUUAUUAAAGCAUGCAAAGAACAAAUUGACAUUCUCAAGGAUAGCAUAAACGAUGAAGAAGCAAGUACAAAGGGAUGGCUUGGCAUCAAGGCUGAUACCUCUAACACUGAUACUAUAGCACACAAACAUGGAGUGGUUUUGAUUUUAAGUGAGAAACUUCAUUCCGUCACUGCAAGGUUUGAUCAACUUAGAGCCAUACGCUUCCAGGAUGCUAUUAAUAAGAGGAUACCAAGGAGAAAACUUAACCGGGCUGCAAAUAAAAAUACAAGCUCUGUUGGUUCCUCUAGUUCCUCUAAAACAAACAAUUUAGAGUUUAAGGAACCUGAUGAAAUUCAGCCGGAGCCUCUUGGAGUUCAACAGCAAUUGUUGGAUGAUGAAACUCGUGCCCUACAGGUGGAGUUGACUAGUCUUCUAGAUGCAGUUCAAGAAACUGAAACUAAGAUGGUAGAAAUGUCUGCAUUGAAUCACCUCAUGUCCACACAUGUUCUGCAACAAGCACAACAAAUAGAGCUUCUGUAUGAUCAGAUCAUGAUUUUCUUCAAUUGCUGUUGCAUAUAUCAAGUUGGUGUUUCGAGGUUAAUACUUAGCACAUUUUAAUAGAAAAACUUGAUUAAACAUUUUUUUAUAUAUUUCAAGGAUCCUGGAACCAUGUUGUCAAAUGUGAUGAGAUUAAUUACAGCAGUGUAUAGAAGAAUUCCUACUCAGACAAAUUCUUAUUUGCUAAAUAUUCUCAUUUUUGUUUUUAAAAUGAAGUUAUGUUCUGAUGCCACAAUUCUGAUGCUGUUCUAUGAUUAAAACAAAUUUGUGAAGUAGUAAUUUCUCUUCAAUCAAGUCUCCACUACUGCUAUUAUCCUUGUUAAUUCUGAUUUUGGAUUAUGAAUUUUGCUGCUGCUGCAAAUACCUGAGCAGAUCAAACCUUGUUCUCUGCCACAUGUGUAAUAUUGCAUUAUUUUUUUUACCAUUUCACC